AUGGAAAACACCAGUUUUGGAGCUGAAAACAUGACCGGAGGCGCUAUGCAGCAAGAGGGAUUUACAAGCUUUAAGAUCUUUGUAUUAUGCAUUUUCUUUGCUACCUUUGUAGUUGGUCUCAUUGGAAAUGGGCUUGUAAUAUUUCUGACUGGCUGCAGAAUGAAGACGACCGUCAACUCCAUUUGGUUUCUCAACUUAGCGAUUGCAGACUUCCUCUUCAUGUUGUCUUCAAUCAUAGAUCAUCUUUCAAAUUUGGGCCAGUUGAGUCUUAACUUCAUGAGUUACAUUGUCAAGAUAUUGUUAACUCUAAAUCUGUAUGCUAGUAUUUUCUUUCUUGUAGUUAUCAGUCUGGACCGAUGCCUGUGCACAUGGAUGGUUGUCUGGGCUCUAAAUAAACGAACUACAGUUAAAGCCAAGAUCAUCUGCAUAAUUGUGUGGGUUUCAUCCAUCGGCUGCAGCUUUCCAUCCUUUGAAGUUUUUAGGUUUACUUUUACAUUUCUGACAACAUAUGACUUUACAGUGGCCUUCCUCAUCCCCUUUCUGAUCAUUGCAUCUUCAUACACAGCUAUUGGAGUACGACUCAAACGCCUCAAAAGAGGAAAGCAGCUCAGGACGUACCGAGUCAUUAUAACUGUAACUCUGGCUUUUUUCAUAUGUUGGUUUCUAUACCAUGCUAUAAAUUUCUAUAUAAUAACCGCAGUAGAAAAUAACUGGAGUGCCAGUCAUAUACAAGUACUUGAGACAGCAGCAACCGUCAGUACCUACCUGGUUUAUCUCAACAGCUGUCUGAACCCCAUUCUGUAUGUGUUCAUGUGUGAUGAGUAUAAGAAGAAGCUUAAACAGUCUCUGCUGCUGGUGCAGGAGACGGCUUUUGCUCAAUCUUCUUUUGUGUUUACAGAGGCAGAAAUAGAAGAUGAGGUUGACAUGCGUGUAAGUGAUGAGAGGGAAAGUGAAGAAUGUGAUGAAGGUAGUCAGGAGCAGGAGGACAGAGCUGAAGAGGAAAGAGAAGAGAAUGAGAGACUUAGGGAUACUGGUGAGGGAUUGUCAGAGGACCCAGGAUUAUGGCCAACAACUCUUACUGAUAAGCACAGGAAAACUAUUGUUCAAAUGCUAGCCAGUGAAGGUGGAGCAAAACCUGGUAUUGGAAAUAUCACACCUAAAGAUAUGGAGGGCAAACCAUUCCCAACUUACCUUCAGUAUGCAAAGUCCGCUAAUGGCCCGCCAGUCCAGAACGAUGGGCAAUUCUGA